AUGACCAGCACCCUCUCGUCCACCUCGCUCUCGUCGACAGCCCACUCGAUCAACUCGGGCGGCAGCGUGGGUCCCUCAGUCGGCAGCGUGCCCAACGUCCCCGGCACCAGCCUCGGCUCGACCCUCGACGGCCUGCGCACCUUGGUCGCCAAGCGCAUCACGGCGUGGACUUACCUCAAGAACGCCGGCGAGGGCAGGGUCUACUGGUUCAACACGAUCCUCCUCACGACCGAGGACCUCAAGAGCACCUUUCCCAACGACAAGAUGCGCAACCGCACGACGCGCUUUGCGGUCCUCGGCAUGUCGCUCUCGUCCCUCCUCGACAUCGCCCCGGCGCACGACUUCCUGCGAGGUCUCUUGAGCCUUGCGCAAGAGUUCGAGGCCGUUCCCGAGGAUCGGUACGGCGGGCGGAAUCAGCAGAAGAGCUUGUUCAAGGUCGGGUCGAGGUCGCGGCGAGCGGGCGGCGCAGGGUCGGCGGCAAAUGGCGGCGCCGACUUCCCAAUGGGCUUGCCGCAAGAAGGCGGCGAGGCGAGCUUUCUCUUCACGCCCAACAUUCCGUUCGACCUCGACUAUUUCCAUGUCCUCGUCACGACGUGCGAGCUCCUGAUCGAGACCUACACCAAGAUCGCGACCUACCUCGGCCCGGCGGGCGCGGGCGCAGGCUCGAGCGCGGCGGCGGGCUCGUUCCCCUCGCCGCCGGGCGUCGGCGCGCAGCAGCACCGCGGGAGCGUCACGAGCCCGGUCUCGGCGGGAGGAGGUGCAGGAGGUGCAGGAGCGACGGGCAGCGCGGGGCUGAGCCAGGCGCUUGCCGACGUCGUGUACAAGGUGGAUGCGAGGCUCAAGAAACUCGUCGCGCUCCUGUCGAAAGAGAUCGACACGCUCGCGCGCCAGACGAUCAAGCACGAGCUCGACUCGCUCGGCGGCGGCGGCCUGCUCGACUUGCUCGAGUGA